UGUACCCUGAUACCAAGUAGCAAAGAGAACUCAAUCAGGUGUUUAGUUGUCACCACCUUGGAAGUGAAUCUUAUUGUUGAUAUUUUAUUUUUUUAACAAUUAUUAUUCUGCCAAAGUUUCGAAUGUAAUAAAUGGAAAAUAUUGAAGAUAAAUUGAAAAGUUAUCGUCUGCGUAAAAGACGACAAGAACAAAUUCAACGUUUUAAAGAGAAUAUUAAAGGAUUUCUGAUGCUGGGAGUGAAAGAUAAGCAUGAAAAUGGUCAACCAGACAAAACAACAGUGACUAUACACGAAUCAGACACGGAUGAUUUUGUACCCAAAUCAUUAAAUAAUAUAUCAGAUGUUGAGGUGGAGAAUGACAGCGAUGACGUUUCUGUGCUAUCGAAAGAGGAAACGGUGAAUACGAAUUCUCCAGUCGAUAAAAACAGUCGUAUUUUCGAGUAUACUCUUCGAAUAGUUUACGUAGCGUUUUGGGUGACUUUAUACAUAAUUGCAAUUGAGUUGCAAUUUGGAAUAGUCUACCUAAUGUUUUCCGCACUUGCUGGAAUUUACUUAAAUACACGCACGGGGCCAAAGAAGCGAAACGAAAUUAGUGCCUACAGCGUUUUUAAUAAGAAUUGUGAAAGUAUCGAUGGAACACUGAAAGCAGAGCAGUUUGAACGGGAAAUUGGUAUUAGAUAGAAAAUAUGCAAAAACUAAUAUAUUUUUUAUACCCUGUGCCAUUGUAGUGGGGUGUAUAUUAUGAGUCGGGCAUGCACGACCUUACUUUCUUACUUAUUUUACAUAAAACUGUGCCUAUGUUCUGUAACCUCGAAUCGACAAAAAAUGUCAAAAAAAUUAUAAUCAUCUUGUUUAAAACAAUCUGAACUCA